AACGCAAUUUUUGAAAAUAUUACAUCUUGUAGCAACCUUUGAAAAAAUGGGUUCUUUCAACUCAUUUGUAAUAAUCUUAAAAAGAAAAUAUUUAAAAAAAUCUAUUCUUUAAAGCUUAAUUUCACUUUAUUCUAAAUUUAAGGCAACAAAAAAAAAAAAAAAUUAAAACUUUAUAAAACUACUAAAUUCUAAAUUCACUAAUUAAUUUGACACACACUUAAGGGUUUUCCAUACGUGCAACAAAUAUUCGCUAUGCUAAGUUUAAAAACGCUUGCUUUGGCGCUGACCUCAUCGAAAAUAUCGCUAAUCUGCGCACAACGUCUUACUUCCACCGAUGCACCUGAGUUAGUACUGGGCUGCCGCCCACCACCUGCCAAGAAAUCGGAUAAACAUCCUGCGCGCGAUCUUUGCAAAUUCAUUGAGCCGCGGUGUGCCGAAGAGAAAAUGAAAGAUGUCACAUGUAAAAAACGUGAGUUCCCACCACACUUCAACAUCGAGGAAUGCUGUCCGCCCUGCAGAGAUGUUUUACCGCGUUUCGACGAUCUCUACUAUCAGCCGUCAGACAAAGAGAAACGUAAAUACCAGCAAACCUGGUCCGAGUGUCCGCGCUUGUUUAUUAUACCGCGAAAAAUCUGCUGCACCGAACAUGUCGAUGUACCAAAGAUGGAGAAGCGAGUGUUCAAACGUGAUGAAGAUCAAUUCAAUAAUUUCACCGUCAAAACAUGUAGAAAUAAUUCACAAUCGCGUUGCGCCAAAAUUACAUGGCCCGGUUGCCGCAUGGGCAGAGUACCGCCCAAAUGUUUUGUCAUUAAACAUAGUAGCGGCUGCUUGAAGGUAUGCACACCCUACCCGAGCUAUUCGGAGUGCAAACGUCCGAAACCGAAAUCCUUGCCACCGGUCGAAUGCGCUUGCCUUAAGGCUGGACCGUGCAUCCACAAUUGAUUGUCACAGUGCUGGACGUUGCGUCCUUAACUAAACUACAUGUGUAUAGUUGAUUGUAACUUAUAUUGAUGCUGAUUUGUGUAGGAGCGUCAUUAAGCAAUGAACUUAAAAUUCAAGCAACUAAGUGCAAUCAAUCCUGCAUCUUAUUCAAUGUAAGUGAGGAAAUCAACACUGAAGCUGUGCUGGAUUGAAAGCGCUUUUUUGCUUUCGAAUGAAGUUCAAAACUUGAUCUCUUUUCGGUGAUUUCGGCUAUUAAAAGCUGUGAUAGUGUAAAAAUUCUACUUGAUGAUAAAAUAAAAUUUUCGUAUUUGGUA